CAAAAAGAAACAUUCCUACAUUAGCAUUUCAUACGCCUUACAUUCUCUUUUCUCCUUCACCCCAAACGAGCUUCUACUCUCGAUCGAGGAAAUAGAGGAAAGCAUUUGUUGUUCAUUGUUGAUUGAUCGUAUGGCGGAUGCUGCUGACUGCAAUCCUCAACAACCCUUACUCGCGGAGAGCGAGGAGGAGCAGAGGCUCAAGUACUUUGAAUUUGUUCAGGUUAUGGCCCUCCAUGCGUUGAUGUGCGCCGCGAAACUCUACAGUUACGCCAAGGAGAAUUCGGGCCCUCUGAAGCCCGGCGUCGACACCGUUGAGGGCACCGUUAAAACCGUCGUCGGCCCGGUCUACGACAAAUAUCACGGCUUCCCUAUUGAAGUUCUGAAAUUCAUCGAUCGGAAGGUUGAUGAGUCCGUGAACAAAGUACAGAGUCGAGUUCCGCCGACUCUGAAGGAGGUAUCCACCCAAGCCUUUGAGACAGCCCAGAAAGCUCCUGCUGCUGCUCGGUCUGUGGUGACAGAAGUUAAGAACACUGGCGUUGUGGGCACUGCCUCAGGACUUGCAAAGACAGUGUACGCCAAGUACGAGCCUGCAGCCAAGGAUCUUUACACCAAGUAUGAACCUGUGGCUGAGCAGUACGUAACAUCAGCCUGGCGCCAGCUGAAUCAGCUCCCACUCUUCCCCCGAGUGGCGCAGGCCGUUGGUCCAACAGCCAGCUAUUGCUCAGAGAUGUACAACCAAACUGUUCAACAGGCUGCUGAGAAAGGAUAUAAGGUCGCAGCACAUCUUCCUUUGGUACCGACCGAAAGGAUUGCUAGGGUGCUGAGCACAUAGAAGUCAAGCAUGCGGCUGUUUUCAGAGGCGCCAUUGCAGCCAAAUUUGUGAAUUGUGGUAGUUGAACCUUCUCUUUCGUCUGUCGUUUCAUGCUGUUUUUCUCGGACAGUUUCUUGUAUUGAAAGAUUAAUGAUAUCAUCUUGAUGAAUAUUAGUUGCUUCAGAUUUUGUGAGUAUUAUGGUUCCUAUCUCGAUCAUUUCCAUAUUCAUUAACAGGGCACGAUUCUUCUAUUGCGAGUUUAGCUGCUUUUAAUAGGACGUGAAGCAGUUGGAUUCAGGUUCUGCAUAAUUUUGUCAGUUGUUUUUAUGCCUUUGUAUCCCUUUCCUUGUAGAAAGACGGAAU